AUGUCUUCAUUCAAAUUAGCUUCAGAAUUACCAGCUUGGAAAGAAUUGGAGCAACUUUACAAAAAGGAGGGUGAAAAAUUCGAUGUCAGGGCUGCAUUUGCCAAAGACCCAAAAAGAUUUGACGAAUUCUCCCGUAUUUUCACCAACUAUGAUGACUCAAAGAUUCUUUUUGACUUUUCCAAAAAUUUGAUUAACCAAGAAAUUCUUGACAAAUUGAUUCAAUUGGCCAAGGAAGCUGGCGUUGAGAAGUUGAGAGAUGAAAUGUUUGCUGGUGAUCACAUCAACACUACUGAAGACAGAGCAGUUUACCACGUCGCAUUGAGAAAUGUCAAGAAGCACAAAAUGCCAGUCGAUGGUAAGGAUACUACUCAAGAAGUUUGGGAUGUUUUAAACCACAUGAAGGAGUUUUCUAAUCAAGUUAGAGAUGGAGAAUGGAAAGGUUACACUGGAAAGGCCAUUACAGAUGUGAUCAACAUUGGUAUUGGUGGUUCAGAUCUUGGUCCAGUCAUGGUCACUGAAGCUUUGAAAUACUAUAGUAAGCCAGGCUUGAAUGCCCACUUUGUAUCAAACAUUGAUGGAACUGAUAUUGCUGAAGUGUUGAACAAGGUUAACCCAGAAACAACUUUGUUCUUGGUUGCUUCAAAAACUUUCACCACUGCUGAAACCAUCACCAACGCCACCUCAGCAAAAAAAUGGUUCUUAGAUCACGCCAAAGACACCAAGCACAUUGCCCAACACUUUGCUGCCUUGUCCACCAAUGAAAAAGAAGUUAUCAAAUUUGGAAUUGAUCCAAAGAACAUGUUUGGAUUUGAAAGCUGGGUUGGUGGUCGUUAUUCUGUGUGGUCAGCCAUUGGUUUGUCAGUUGCCAUCUACAUUGGUUUCGACAACUUUGAAAAGUUUUUGGCUGGUGCCGAAGCUGUUGAUGAACAUUUCUUAAAGACGCCAUUGGAAAAUAACAUCCCAGUACUUGGUGGUUUGAUUUCUGUUUGGUACAACAAUUUCUUUAAUGCUCAAACCCACUUGGUUGUUCCUUACGAUCAAUACUUGCACAGAUUCCCAGCUUACUUGCAACAAUUAUCUAUGGAAUCAAAUGGUAAGUCAGUCACCAGAGCCAACGUUUUUACCAACUACCAAACCGGUACUAUCUUAUUUGGUGAACCAGCUACCAAUGCUCAACACUCUUUUUUCCAAUUGGUCCACCAAGGUACAAAAUUGAUUCCUGCUGAUUUUAUUUUGGCUGCUCAAUCACACAACCCAAUUGAAAACAACAAACACCAGAAGAUGUUGGCUUCAAACUUCUUUGCCCAAUCUGAAGCUUUAUUGAAGGGAAAGAGUGAAGAGCAAGUUAAAGCUGAAGGUACAACCGGAGGUUUGGUUCCACAUAAGGAAUUCAGUGGUAACAGACCAACUACUUCCAUCUUGGCUCAAAAAAUUACUCCAGCUGCUUUGGGUGCAUUGAUUGCUUAUUACGAACAUGUUACAUUUACCGAAGGUGCUGUUUGGAACAUCAACUCAUUCGACCAAUGGGGUGUUGAAUUGGGUAAAGUUUUGGCCAAAGUUAUUGGUACUGAAUUGGAGGACAAGAAAUCUGUUGGUUCUCAUGAUCCAUCCACCAACGGUUUGAUCAACACGUUCAAACAAUGGGAGUAG